GCGCUGCGGGCAGGGCGCCGUAGGGAGCAGCGGGCAAAGGCCGGGAGCGCUGCGGCGAUGCAGGUCCCCCUUUUCACGGUUGAUGCCUUUACAAACCGGCCGUUUUGUGGAAACCCCGCGGCAGUUUGUCUGCUCGAAAAUGACUUGGAUGAAAAUUUGCACCAAAGAAUUGCGACAGAAAUGAACCUUUCCGAAACUGCCUUCAUCAGAAAACUGCACCCUACGGAUGACUUUACCAAAAGUUCCCGCUUUGGACUCCGAUGGUUCACCCCGGCCAAUGAAGUUCCCCUCUGUGGUCAUGCUACACUUGCCUCAGCUGCUGUUUUAUUUCACAUAAAAAAAAACCCAAACUCAGUUCUUACUUUUGUGACUCUGAGUGGGGAAUUGAAAACAAGACAAGAGAAAGACCAUAUUGUGCUGGACUUACCGCUUUACUCAACCUACCCACAGGAACUUCGGGAAGUAGAAGAAUUAAUAAAGGCUGCCACUGGUGACAUGAUUGUUCAAGAUCUCCGUUAUUCUCCUGACACAAAGAAACUCCUGGUCCGUCUCAGUGAUGCUUAUGAAAGGUCUGUGCUGGAAGAACUACAAGUGGGUGCACAACGUUUUCUGUCAGCUGAAAAAACUGGGAAAGUGAAAGGACUCAUACUCACUCUGAAGGGAAAGCCCAAUGGAAAUGACAAAGGCCAUGAUUUUUACUCCAGAUAUUUUGCACCUUGGUACGGCGUGCUGGAAGACCCUGUUACAGGAUCUGCCCAUGCUGUUCUAAGCAGCUACUGGUCAGAGCAGCUGGGAAAGAAAGAAAUGCUUGGCUAAAGUGGCCAAUACCAGUUGCUGAUUCCUACUGUCCCAGGCUGGUGUCCCGUUUCUCCUGACAAUAAUUUGCAAUUACAGUUCCUUAUUUUUCCGUUAUGGAUGACUUUUCCAGCAUGUCCACAGUUCUGAGGCAUUCAGCCUUGGAAAAGCCAGCUGUGCCUUUCUAGGUGUGCUCCUGACUCACAAGCCUUGUUCUCAGGCUAGCUGUCAGUAUUUUUCCCAUAAUAGACAAAUAUCUUUUAUGACUGCUGCCAUCAAUGCCUUGUUUGUUUGUUUAUUUGUUUUUAAUAUGUGUGGUAGAAAUGAUACAAAACAGAUUUAAAGGGGACAAAUUCAUAUGGCCUCUUAUCAACCUGUGGUUUUUUUGGUAAGUUCAGAAAAAUCUUUUCCUUCCAUGUGCAUGGAAGGUUAUCAGGUAUUACUGGAGUGAAUUCCAUUUGUGAUGCGGCUAUUUAGAGAAGGUGGCAGUCAAUAUAUCAUUGAAGGUUGAUAAGUUAAAGCAUCUCUUGACUACUUAGAAACUUCUGCAGUGUCUCUGCGGUAUCUUUUAUUGCAAGAAUAAAGGUUUUCUUCCAUUUAAAAUUGAAAGUCUUUUAGUUCCAAAAUAGAUGAGAUAUGAAAUUGUAUACAAAAAAAAAAGAGGAACAUUGUAUUUGUUAUCAGCUCUUUCUGGGUAUUGUGACCUCUAGGAGGAGGUCAGCUACAUCUCUGCUGAAGUAUCAGACAUAAUAUCCUGUGUCUGGGUUCUCUUCCUAUCUUUAUUAAACCAAACUGUCAAACAACAAACUCUCAAUAACUGCAAAGAGAAUUUUCCAGUCUUUUUACAAGGUGAGAUACUUUACUCAUUUUUCCUGGAGAUAUAUAUUUAAGAUGUGUCAAAUGGGAGUUUGCUAUCAGUCUUUAUCCUUUUCUUCAUUUGAGGAAUUCCUGAAAUAGUAUUAAAUAUGUUUUUAAUAAAGAUAAUUUAUAAUGUCAGAUAUUUUAGACUUUCAUAAUUGCCAUUGAAUGUAGUAUUUACACUAUUUAGCAGUUGUAUCUGUAUACAGUUUUUUGUGUAUCUUUUAUGUCAUUUUGUGUAUCUUUAUGUCAUUUAUAAACAUGCAUAAGAAAUUUAAUACACCCAAACGUAUUGUGAAAGAUUUUCCAAAUUUAUUUAAAGAGAAGAGUUUUAAUUCAGGGCAAUUUUUAAUGCUUGGUGAAGCUGGAGGGAUCUUUCUGGACCUCUUUAAUCCAGUUAACUAAAUUAAUGUGUGAAUAUAAUUGCUUUUGUUGUUGCCUCUAACUUCUGUGAUUGCUUCUGGGGUUUAUGAGGAGUGGGAGGAAGCAGAUCUUACUUGAACUGUAAGAUCACCUUCUCAAAACAUUUGCCAGAUUUUCUUUCAACUUAAGGUCCUGUCUCUUAAUGUUUUAGUCUCUUCCGUUUUUUUGUGAAGAAAUUGCUUCAUGAGACAGAAUAAAUCUACAUUUGUUAGGUUUUUGCUCAUUCAAAGAUUCAUGAAGUAGAGAGUUUUGCACAGUUAUAAUCACAGUUUUUAAAUGAUGAGAUUAACUGGAAAGACAGACCAAUAGAAUUCACUGCUUUUUUUUUAGUAUGUGUUCUUUUUCACUGGGCCGCAUCAGAUUUAUGCACAAGUGUAGCAUUUCUGCCAAAGGAGAGGUGUUUCACUCCAUCAAUCAGAAGAUUUGUUGACCUUAUUUUUUGGAAUAUAAGUCUCAGAGGUCUUAAUUUCAUUAAGUGAUAUUGAGUAAAGCCUAAGUACAAGGACUUUUUCAUCAAUCCUUUUGUAGGCAUUAGAGAUUUGGUCAAAACAAUGAUGAUUUCUAAAACCAGGUAUUUUUUCAAGAAUAGCACUUGUUCCUGAUUUGUCAUUAUCAUGACAUCACAAAUAAAAUCCAGUAGUUCUCAAAUUCUGUAACCAAUGCUCAAGUAAAAGGGCCUAGUCUAAUAAGAGGCUCCUCAAAGCAAUGGGUUGAUGUUGGUGUGAGGUCACUGGCCCCCUUCUGAAUGCUACAUUACACGUAAGUGUGCUGAAGUUUUUUGUACAUACUAUUGAACUUUCCUCUAUCUGAGGGUAAUCACAAAGGAAUUUAGGGCACUGAAUUGAAUUACUGUAGAUAAUUUUUACAGAUCAUAACAUACUGAAAUAGCUGCAUGAUCCAAAACGCAUCAGAGAUGCUUGAAUCUCUCUGAAGACAUUGCUAUUAAAUGAAAUCAUCUGAUUAAUGAAA